GGAUCUUUUCCGUGCGAAUUCUAGAGGAAGAGGCAAAGGAAGAUUGGGCACGGAGACCCAGGGAUACUCCGCCGCCUGCCCCGCCAGCAGCCUCCGUGAGCCCUCUAGCAGAAGGACUACGUCACCUCACUGACACACCAUUUGCCCCGCCCCCUGCACGGAACCCCCACCCCGUACUACGGCCGGGCCUCGUCCGGCUCGCGGUGCCCCGCUCUGCCCCGCCCCCUGCACGGUGGCAGGGCCCGGUGUUUACCCGCGGUGCAUGGUGGGGCGGUCGCCUUAGGCAACCUAGCGGCGCCGCAGUCUCAGGCUCUGCGCAUCUCGCUGGGUCGUGGCGGCUGCGGAAGCAUGCGCCAGGCCUCGGCACCAUCGGCUGCCCUGGCGAGCCCCGACUACUACGAGAGAUUGGGCCGCCUCCAGCACGAGCUGAGGGACAGUGAAAAGAAGAGAUUGGACUUGGAAAAGAAACUCUAUGAAUAUAGGCAAUCUGAUAUGUACAGAGUAAAGCUGAAAUAUGCAAAGCUAAAGAAAUACCUGAAGGAAAUAUGUGAAUCAGAAAAGAAGGCUCAUACUCGAAACCAAGAAUAUCUGAAGCAAUAUGAGUGUGCCCAAGCUCAUAUUGAACACUUUACCACAAAUACAAAGAAACUUCAAGAACUGAAGAUUGAAUAUGAGACUCAAAUUAAGAAGAUGCAGUUACUUUCAAAACAUAGUUGGGAAAUCAAAGGUGAAUUGAAAGAUGAAGACAGAGAAAAGGUUGUUAUGCAGGCAGGAAUUUACUCAGAGACAGCCAUGUCAAGAGGAUUGUAUCAACCAGCAACAAUCUUCAUGGGCCGCCAACUGUCAGCCAUCUCAAGCACUGGAGAUUUCAGUACAGAGCAGAAAUCUCCCCAACCCACAGAGAACUUUUCAGUUCCUGACCCACAUUCACACCAACAGACAGCCCAGGGCAUCAAUGUGACAGACAGCUAUGUAGUACAAACUAAUAGUGACACACUGUGCUUAAAUAAGUCUGACAAAAUAGAUGGAAAGACAUCUCUUCAGAUUGGUGAGAAAAUGCCAGUCACAGCCAGCAUAUUGUCUGAGCAGAAACAAACUCAUUGCCCAGAGAUAGGAAGCAACACACGUCAGGGUGAGAGUAAUUUAUCUGAAGGCGCAAAGUCUGCUGAACUCCAUUCCCUGUUAAGGAAAAGAUUAAGUCCAAAGAACAGAGCCACUGAUUUAAAGUGUGACAGUUCCCGCAGAUCAGAGGGAUCAGAGGAAGAAAUACUGACACAGGAACAUAUUGAAGUCAAGGAAGAAAGAGCCAGACCGCCAGUCUCUCUCAUAUCAGUCUCAGAAUACCAUGCAUCUGAAAAUAAGUGUUCUCAAGAGACGCAUUCUGCUUGUGAAGGUUUCUCAGUAGAUCCUCUUCCUCAUGAGGACCCAGAAUCACAGAAGCCCUUCAGAAAAAUGCAGGAAGAGCAAGAGGAAGAAAGUUUGAGCAGCAGUAGUGACCUCACAGUAUCUAUAAGUGAAGAUGAUCUAAUUUUAAGCAGUCCACAACCACAGCCAAAUCCAGGUGACAAGAUGGAGGAAGAAGAUGGAAUAGAGGCCUUAAAAUUAAUCCACUCUGAGCAAAAAAGAGAUGCCCUAUCCACCGAAAAACAUAAUUGUAUUUUGCAAACUCUAAGCUCUCCUGAUUCAAAAAAGGAAUCCUCCUCUGACUCACCAACAAAAGAAUCUGAACACGCUGCAACCUCAGGUUUAUUAAGGGCACGAUUGGGUCAGCACAUUACCACCUCAAAAGAACAGGAUAACUCUAUCAAAGGAGAGGAAGCUAAGCUGUCAGAAAACAUGGAUCAGAGGACAAAGGCAACAGCUUUAUUGAAAAAAGCCCUUACAGAAGAGUGUGAGGAUAGGUCAGCUAUUCACAGUAAUGAAUCAUCUUGCAGCUUGCCAUCUAUUCUGAAUGACAAUAGUGGAAUAAAGGAAGCAGAACCCACUCUAUGGCUCAACAGUGUUCUUACAAGGGAACAAGAAGUUUCCAGUGACUGUGGAGAUGACAAGGAAGAAUCCAUGGCAGCAAAGAUUCCAAUCACAGAAACAAGAGCCUAUCAGUUACUGAAGCAAUCUGCUCUCCAAGACAACACAAAUCGAACUGAAGAAAGAUUCCAAAAAGGGUGUGCUUCUACCUCACAGCUAUCAGGUUUGAACGUUGGUAGCAGUGCAUUCAAGACAAAGACAACUAACAAAAUCUCUUCGGAAGCUAGUUUUUCAUCUAGAGAAGGAAGUCCUUUGUCAAGGCAUGAAAACCAAAAGCAGUUAACUACCAACUUAAAGUCCAAAGCCUUCUGGGGUGAGUCAGAUGACAGUAACUCAGAAAUUGAAGCUGCUUUACGUCCUAGAAGCCAUAACACAUCUAAUGAUGAUUUUGAUGAUUUUUAUGACUUAUAAGCUGUAACAUCUGUUGGAAAUAAAACCUUUAAGCUAAUUGAA